AUGAUAGUAUCACAAUAUAUAGCACGAUUUAUUGAGUUGUCUCCUUUUGCCCUACACUUAGCACCCGACCAAGAGAAGAAAGCAAGGAAAUUUAAGGAAGGUCUGAGGCAGAAUUUGUUUAAGCAGGUCAUUGGUUUUUGGGCUCAGAUGUUCGCAGAGGUGGUGGAUAGAGCUACCAUUAUAGAGAGUGGUAUGCAGAGAGGUGUCGUAGCUAAAAGUGAGAGGAAGAGGCCCACGCCUCAGGAUUUUCAUGCGAGUUCUAUCCAGGACCCAUGGAGAGGAGAGCGAUAUGGAGGUAGUCAGGGUCGGAUGAUGGGGCACAGUAGUCCUCAGGGUGGAUGUACUAUUCCUACAUAUCCUACAUGUGGCCGAAGCCAUCCAAGUGAAUGUAGGAUGGGAGAGGACGUCUGUUAUUGUUAUAGGAGACCCGAGCACAAGUCUUGGUCAUGCCAAGGAUUGCUGGCACAUGGACCAGCUCCCAGACAAUUUCAGGGUGGUAAUCAGGUGCCUCGUAGAGGCCAGCAGAGGGACACUGCACUCGCGAGAGUCUAUGCAUUGAUGUCGGGUAACACUGAGGCAGCUAGAGACGUAGUUAUAGCUAGGCCGACUGGAUCAUUUGUGAGAUGUAGGAGGAUACUUAGGGAUUUUCCAGUGGUCAUUCAAGGAAAAGUACUGCCAGCUAAUCGUGUGAUAUUAGACAUGCAGGGUUUUGAUAUAAUUCUGGGUAUGGAUUUGUUGCCAAUUAAUCAUGCUAGUAUUGACUGUCAUUUUAAGGAAGUAAUUUUCAUACCUCUUGGUGAACAAGAAUACAAAUUUCUUAGUUCACAUGUGCGUUCAUUGCACAGCUUGCGUAAGCUAUUCAGGUGA